AUGAGCUCCAAUAACCAGGUUAAAGUAGUCGUUGAUAAAGAUACUGUCUCAAAGUUUGCGUCUUGCCAAUCAGCAACGUUAAACCAUUUGAACAAGUACCCCCCACUAGAGAAGACUUUAAAUUAUUUAUUGUCUUUCACCCUAUUUUCCAAGAGUCUUUCUGUGGUUCUAACCUUGUUGUACAGGAUCAAAGAGGCAACGAUUGAUUCACCCAAAUCUCCUUCUUUUUUGAAGGUUGGUUAUGAGCGCAUCGUAUCGGUGAUAAGAAAGUUCGAUGAAUUGUUCAAUUUGCUUGUUUUGCGUGAAGGCCUAGAUGAGUUUUUGGACCAACUGAAGAACCAUAACAACAAGCCGGGCUUCUGGGUCGUGCUCUAUCUGGUUGACUAUGUCGCUAAUGUCUCUAAUCUAGUGUUGAAGGAGUUUGUCGCAAAACCUCUUAACUUGGCCAAGCCUACCAAGGAGGGCGAGAUCAACGGCACGGUAGAAUCAUUGAAAGAAGAUGGCCUUCCACACAUUAAAGAGCUGGCUGGUACUACCAAAUCAUUGGGUCAAGGUAUCCAAUCCAAGUUACAGUCCGACUACUUUGAACCUACUAAAAAUAAACUUCAACAAGAAUACAUUGAACCGACCAAAGGCAAAAUCAAUGGAACUAAAGAAUACGUCACCGAAAAAUAUGGGGAGUUCAUCAAGCCCAAGUACGACGCAGCAUACCAAACCGUUUCGGAGAAGUACGAGGGAAAUUUCACCAAGUCCGAGAGUGUCCCCAGAGCCAUUGUAUCCACAGGCGUGGAUUUAGGCAACUUAACUUUGGAGAAAAUCAAAGUUGGUGUUGCCAAAGCUGAGCCCAAGGCUAAGAGCGUUGUCAAUGAUGUUGCCAAGGACGUUUCUAAGACUGCAACCUCUAUCGCUCAAGAUGUCGACAAUUUGACCAAGUAA